UUCUCUCUUCAGUGGCUUAGUCACUGCAUACCAGACUUGAUGAACAGUACUUUAUUGUUCAGUCAUCAAACAACACACAUACAACUUGCCACAUAGAUAUAAAUUUAUUUUUUGCAGAAUGUGUGAAAUAAUAGACUUUUUAAGAAGUCCUUUAGUACAAGUUCUUGCCUUAGUUGGAAUUGUGUUCUUAUUAACAGUUUUAUCUCUGCUACGAUUCUAUGCAUAUCUAACAUGUGGUAGAUGUACCAGCCGAAGUACAAUGGACGGUAAAACUGUAUUAAUAACGGGUGCUAAUAGUGGCAUCGGUAAAGAAACAGCCCUGGAUUUAGCAAAAAGGGGUGCACGCGUUAUUAUGGCAUGUAGAAAUUAUUCGACUGGAAAAGAAGCUCGAGACGAAAUAGCCGUAAAAAGUGGAAAUUCGAAUGUAGUUGUAAUGAAAUUAGACUUGAGCUCACAAAAAUCCAUUCGCGAAUUUGUCGCAGAAUUUUUACGCAAUGAACGCAAAUUACAUGUGUUAAUCCAUAAUGCUGGAACAGCUGAAACGCGUAUCCAAAUUACAGAAGAUGGAUUUGAGAAAACAAUGGCCACAAAUCAAUUUGGACCUUUCCUUUUAACACAUUUACUAAUAGAUUUAUUGAAGAGUACUGGAAACGCACGAAUUGUAGUUGUAGCAUCUGAACUUUAUCGUCUAGCUAAUAUUAACUUAGAUAACAUCAAUCCAACAAAUUCGUUUGCAAUCUACUUAUACUACGUUUCUAAAUAUGCUAACAUUUAUUUCACAAAAGAGCUUGCACGUCGAUUACAAGGAACUACAGUAACAGCAAAUUGUUUACACCCGGGAAUGAUUGACUCAGGAAUUUGGAGAAACGUACCAAUACCAUUAAACUGGUUGUUAGCAUUUGUUAUUAAAGGCUUUUUCAAAACUCCUUUACAAGGUGCACAAACAAGUAUACAUUUAGCUGUAUCAGAUGAUGUGGAUAAAGUUACUGGAAAAUAUUUUAUGGAUUGUAAAGAAUGUGGUUUAAGUUCAGGUGCCAGCGAUAUGGCUAAAGCUAAAAAAUACUGGGAAUUGACUGAGCAAUUAGUAUUGAAACCAAAUGAUCCACGUAUUUAAAGUUUUAAAUUUAUAUUUAUUUUAAUAAGAUUUGUUAUAGAAUCACGUUCCAUUCGUGUUAUUAUAGACACUUGAACUGGUUAAAGAAAAUAUGAAGAUUUUACAAAA